AGUUGUAUAAAGCAAAAGUAAUUUAGAUCUUCUGUCGUGGCUUGUAUUUGAAGUGCACCCAAGUGCUAUCUAUAAAUUAAACGCGUUUUCUUAUGAAAACUUCUCUUGUUUCCAUGAAUAUGAUUAAACCACUUCUCGAAGAAGCUAAAUCCGAAGAUAUUGCAAUCACAUUAAGUUCUUGUCUAGUUCGUGAAUGGACAAAUAUGAAAAUGAUUGAAAAUAUAAGCAGAGAAUUCAACUUUGGAACCGAAAAAACUGCCAAAGAAAUUAUAUUGAAGGAAUUGAAAACCUUUUGGAAAGCAAAAUGCAAUAUUAAUAAAAAUACAGCAACGGCUGUUAAAAGAGCCGGACAGCUGUAUAAAACAGUGUCACUUGUAGUCGAGUCUGAUCCAAUAUUGCUUAUCAUCAGACACAAUAUUGAGGAGCAGAAAAAACCUAUUCGGCAGCAAGGCAGAGUUUCAAUCAGAAACAGAAUUAUAGAGCAGGGUUACGAGGAUGCUGCGAAUAGUUUGUCUUGCAAUCACGAUAGUAUCGCUUCAACAGACGAAAACGACUGUGCUACCACGCAUGGUGAAGUUGCACAAAAAAAGCACAAGCAUUUGAAUUUAAAAUCUUUCAAAAAGCUUGACAACAACAAUAAGUUGAUAGAAUUGAACAAGUUCUAUGGAACAAAAGACGUUCUGAAUUUCACCAAGACUUCUUCACUUCCAAAGCGGUUUGCAAAUGAUGUGCAGCAUAUCAAAGAAACGUACGGUCUAACACUACCAUUUAUAUUAUGCAACGAUGAGUACAGUAUACUUAAAAAAUUAAGUCGCUGUCAUUCGAAAGAGGAUUUAUAUCAUGUGGUAGAAAAUAUUAAUCCUUUUUCGAAUGAAUCGUGCCUUCCAUAUAUAAAGCUUGCCGUACAAAAACUAUGCAACUUGUACUACAAUAAACUACUACUCAACAGCAACAACAAUGAGGCUUGGUAUAGAUCAAUCGUUUAUGGCGAUCUCUUUGACUACAUAUUUGCAGUCCAGCCAUACUAUAUCACCAAGAGAUCUGAGUGUCACUCUGCAGUCAUCAAAUCUAUGAAGAGAUUAGGCUUGGUCGAAAAAGAUGAACACGAUGUAAGACUUGAUUUUAUAUUCACAAAUAUAGCUGUUGCUGGUCUUGGUGAUGCCCUUUUUUGCGAGGAUAAACCAACCGAUAAAGUCUCGAAAAAGGACGAAACAAAAACCUGUCACUUGAGAGAAAAGUCCUUGGUCUAUUGGAAAUCGCUACUUCCAUACGAUGCUUGUCUGAAUCACUUGAUGGCAAUUUCUUGUCAGUUUAGUAAAUUAAAACUGAUUAUUACUGGUACAAAAAUCGUGAACGGCAUAACAAUGCACUCAAGAUUGAAAGAAGUAAAUAUACCUUGCUCAGAUCAAAGCGGUGCCAUGUUGGCAAACUAUUUGACCACUGUAAUAUCAUUGAUGAGGACUGUCAUUAGGAACUUCAAAGUGAUCGAAACGAUUAUGGAUGUUGUUCAGGAAGAUAAUUUAGUUUUCUUGUCCUCUAGCGCAAACGAAACGUGUUUCCGAGAAGAUUCUGAUUCAAGUUCUGAAGGGUCAAUCGUAUCACCAGCAUUACCUAACUGGGAAGCUGCAGAAAGAGAGGACAGAAUAAUGAAAAAGAUAGAAGCCUCCAUCAAAUCACUGAACGAGACCGAUGAAGGUAGAUACGUAUCAUCGUUUUGGGAGGAUGUUGCCUUCAAUGCAGAAAUUUAAACUUGCAACAUUUGCCUAUCUUUAUGUAUAACCA